GUUGAAGAUGGCGACUCUCUCCAACCUCCUUGGCCCUCCGGAGCUACGCCGCGGAGCCAGUAUUCACCAACCACAAGAUCCUCCCGCCGCCACCGGCGACGCCUUCAUGGACUUGAUGGUGGCGAACUUCAACUCAGCGAGGGUACUGCCAAAACCUCCGAUGGGUUACACUGAGAACGCGUCCGCAACAUUUCUCUCCUCCGGAAACCCCUGCCUUGACUUCUUCUUCCACGUCGUCCCCGACACUCCGCCGGAGGUUCUGAAGCAGCGGCUGGAGCUGGCCUGGAGCCACAACCCCCUCACCACCCUGAAACUUAUCUGUAAUCUAAGAGGUGUUCGCGGCACCGGCAAGUCCGAUAAGGAGGGCUACUAUACGGCGGGGCUUUGGCUCCACGGCCUCCAUCCGAAAACGUUCGCGUGUAAUGUAGAGUCGUUUGCCAAUUUUGGCUACUAUAAGGACCUGCUGGAGAUUCUUUUCAGGCUGCUGGAAGGGCCCGACGUCCGGCGAAUUGCGAAGAGUCAGCGGAGGAUGAAGAACAAGAAGAGGGGCAACUGUUUUGUACGAAAAUUCAGAUUCGGACAUGGCAAGUUGGGGAAGAAUAAGAAGACGAAGAAAGGGAAACAGGUUUUGCCGAGGGAGGUGAGAGUUAAGGCGGAGAUGGAGAGAGCUAAGGCGGAGAAGGAGACGGCGAGGGUUUGCAGGAAGGAGAGGAGGUUGGCGAUGGCGAAGAAGGCGGUGGAAAGGUAUGGACGUGAUCCUGAUUACAGAUUCCUCCACGAUCGGAUCUCUGAUCUCUUCGCCGAACAUCUCAAGUCCGAUCUCCAGCUGCUGAACUCCGGCAAUGUCAACAAGAUCAGCCUCGCCGCCAAGUGGUGCCCCUCCAUUGACUCUUCGUUUGAUCGGUCGACUCUUCUCUGUGAGAGCAUCGCUCGGAAAAUUUUCCCAAAAUCUGAUCCUGAAUACGAAGGAGUUGAAGAUGCUCAUUACGCCUACAGAGUCCGGGACCGCCUGAGAAAGCAAGUGCUGGUCCCUCUCCGUCGAGCCCUGGAGCUGCCGGAGGUAUACAUGGGCGCGAACCGCUGGAGCGAGCUCCCCUACAACAGGGUCGCUUCCGUAGCCAUGAAAACCUAUAAAGAACGUUUCAUUAAGCACGACGCCCGUUUCUUUGAGUACCUUAGCAGUGUCAGGGCCGGAAAAGCCAAGAUCGCCGCGGGCGCCCUGCUCCCACACGAGAUAAUCUCGUCAUUGGAAGACGAAGAUGGUGGGCAAGUUGCAGAGCUUCAAUGGCAGAGAAUGGUCGAGGACGUCUCCAAGAAGGGCAAACUGAAAAACUGCAUCGCCGUCUGCGACGUCUCCUGCAGCAUGUUCGGGAUCCCAAUGGAGGUCUCCGUCGCUCUCGGCAUACUCGUCUCCGAACUGAGCGAAGAUCCAUGGAAAGGCAAGGUCAUCACCUUCAGCAAGACCCCAGAGCUCCACAUGAUCACCGGCGAAGACCUCCGCUCCAAGGCGAAUUUCGUGAGAGAACUGAACUGGGGAAUGAACACAGACUUCCAGAAAGUGUUUGAUCUGAUCCUGCAAGUGGCGGUGAACGGGAAGCUGAGCCAAGACGCCAUGAUCAAGAGAAUCAUCGUAUUCAGCGACAUGGAGUUCGAUCAAGCUUCUGCAAACAGUUGGGAGACCGACUAUGAAGCCAUAAAGAGGAAGUUCAGGGAGAGUGGGUAUGAGGCGGCCGUGCCGGAGAUAGUGUUCUGGAAUCUCCGGGACUCUCGGGCAACGCCGGUGCCGGGAACAGAGAAAGGGGUGGUGCUGGUGAGUGGGUUUUCAAAGAAUCUUCUGACGUUGUUCUUGGAGAAUGGUGGGGUUAUGAAUCCGGAGGCCGUCAUGGAAGCCGCCAUCUCCGGCGAAGAAUACGAUAAACUGAUUGUAAUGGACUGAUAUGGCCUCUGAUUCUGAUAAAUGAA